UAAACAUUUUCGAAAAGAAACAUAAAACAACUGGAAAAUGUGCAACAUUUUAAAAUUUUUUUUACUUAACAAUCAAACGUUCUCUGAAACUAAAACACAUAUCAUUUUAUAGCUAAGGUGUUGUAGAAUGGCAUAUCUCUCAGCUCUAUUGAACAUUUCUAUGAAAAACUGUGAUUUUUUCAAUAUAUGGUACUUUUCGCUACUAUUAAAAUAAAAUGCUUAUAACUCUUGAAGGAUUGAACGAGAGCACGAAUGGUUUUCAGAUUCGUAAUCAGCAUCCUUAAAUUAGCAAAGUGGGAUACCAUUGCUUUGAAAUCCCAGGGAAACACCUGGGGCCCUUCCCUCGUAAGACAGAGCAUUUUAUUUACUUGGAAUAUUAUCCAAAAUUAUUGUCGAACAUAGAAGUUUUAAAUUUGUUUAUUCUAGGCCACAACAAGUUGGAAAACCUACAAAUGCUACCGAUGUUCAUCAUCAUGGUCAUGCCUCAUCAACAGUGCCCGUUUCGUCCACCCAGGUCACAAAGCCGUCACUACCACAAACAUUAAAUACAACUCAAGCUACUGCAACAAAACUACAACAGCAAAUAAAACCCGCGACGAAACAAACGGUUCCUACUGGAGGCGUACUCAAAAAAUAA